AUGACUAUUACUCUUGACGACGUCAAGGGUCUUUUGAGCAUCCCAUGUACUAGAGAGUUUUUCACACCUCCCGCAAAUAUCAAUGAAGAUUUGCCAAUUGCUCCUGCUAUUGAAUUGUUGGGAGUUGCAUAUGAUGAAGUUGUCACUGAGACUAGGACCAAUAGAGGGGCCUCGUAUAAUUUUGAGUGGUUGAAAGAGGUAUUUUUUAAGAAACUUCAUGAACGAAGAUAUGAUUGUGCAGCUAGGACAUAUCUACUUCAUUUGGUAGGGUGUACCAUUCUUGCUGAUAAAAGUUUUACACUUGUAUCUGCAAAAUAUCUCUUUCUGUUUCAAGAUCUUGAUAGUUGUGGUAAAUGGGCAUGGGGACCGGCUGCACUUGUUGUGUUAUAUGACUAUCUUAGAGAUAGUACAUUGCCUGCAACCAAACAGAUUGGAGGAUAUUUAUCUUUAUUUCAGACUUGGAUUUAUGAAUAUUUUCCUAAUAUUUGUAAACGGGAUAUGGAUGAACAUAUUUCCUCGAUGCCACGGAUGUUUCGUUGGACUGCAAAACAAACAUCUGGGAAUGUUGCAUAUUACAGGACAAAGUUGGAUGCUUUGAGGGAUACUGAUAUUAUCUGGGCACCGAAUUACGAUGAGAACAUUGUGACACGAUUUCAGUCUGUGUCAUUAUUUACAAGAUACAUUCUUUGGUGUUUCACGAUUGUUACGUAUUUACCCGAGAGGUGUAUACGACAGUUUGGGUAUACUCAACACAUUCCUCCUACACCACCGAUGCUUGUUGCACGUGAUGUCGACGUUGAAUGGACUGCAUAUCCACAUGAGUGUGUUGAGGGAUACAUCCAGUGGUAUUAUAGGAUAUCUCAUCCUCAGAUGAUCCCUUAUGUUGUUGCAUAUGCUGGUCCUAAUUAUGAUGUCGAUGUUGGUCCUGGUCCUGGUUCUGAUGCUGGUCAUAGUCAUGAUGCUGGUCCUAGUCAUGAUGUUGGUCCCGAUACUAGGUGUACACGGUGUCACGCAGUUGGUGGUCUUAUACAACAGAGUUUAGAUUUGCAUAUGGGUGGUCUUGAAGAUCAGAUGUGUGUCUUAUUAGAGAGAGCUUUACACAUUUCUAGAGGAGGACAUUAUCAGUAG